GAACAACUGAAUUUGUAUGUCGGCCGUAAAACCUGCAUUUAAGGGACACACAUUCUAACCAAUCAGACUAAAUAAAUCAGCAGGCCCAGGUUUUAUCAUCACAGAUAACCCUCAUUAAUCCAGCGAGUUUUUUCCUGAAGACAAAGGACAAAAUGAAUUGCUUCAUUGGAGUUGCCUGAGCAGCAUGCUAAUGCAGGGAGGUGGAAGGCAUGAAUUAUUCAUGCCCUUGCAGCCUGAGCAAGCAGAUCCUGGCUUUUCCUGUUACCAUUGCAACAAGUGGCAGCUGGCCCAGCCGUGCUCGGGCCGUUCCGCAUCCCGGGAGAGCACGGAAAUGCCUUCUCGAGAGGGAAAACCUCCGUGCCCCCGCUGCGCCCAAAGCAGCCGGGUGGAUUUUCAGGUUAAGCCUUAUGCAAAAUGGACCCGGGAAGCACAAUCUUUUGUAACUCGGAUGUUCUUGACCAUAAACUACUCUUCUUGGAAGAAAACGGGUUGCUUCGGAGGGACACAAAAGCAAUGGAGCACUGAUGGUCAGAGGACAUGCACAGGCCUUCGGCGUGAGAGAGCUGUGGAGAGCAAAUCAAGCUCUACCAAGGAAUCUCUGUCAUCACAAAAUACAACUAUUUCACCAAUAGUCAUUUCACAGAUGAUUGAUGAGAAUAAAUCAAAAGAAAACUGGCCAGUUUUGUCUAUGUUGUCCAUGAUCUCCCAGCCCAGUGCUUAUCAAGUGAAGCAGUCUUUGGUUAACCAUGGUGCAGUCAGCAUUAACAGGGCAUUUAUGGUACUUCCCAGCAGAAUAGAAAUUCAAGCAUCUUUAGAUGACACCACGUCUCCAUCGGACUCUCCCACUGCAGAGGAAAAACAGUGUCAAAACCAGCACAGAGGGUUUGCCUCCAUAACUAUUACAGCCAGACGUGUUGCUGUGGGCUUCAGCGACCCAGCACAUGGAUCUGGGGCAGUACAAGAGCCCAACGCCAUGUCCCACACCUCAAGCAAAGUCCCUGUAAGGUCCCUCCAUUGCUGGCCUCCACAUGGACACACAAACCAACAUGUCUCUCCAUUAAAGGUAUCUGAAUCUUGCUCACAAUUCAGUGAAGAGCCACGAAAGCAGCUUUUUGACCCUGGAAACAAGGAGAACAGUGUGGGUCUUCAAAGCAGUGAUGGGAGAGAGAAUGUACCACCUUCAUUCAUUUCAUGUGUCCACCUUCAGGUUUCUCAGCGGUGUCCAAAUACCAUCUAUUAUUUAGACAAGUCGCUCAAUGUGUGCAUUGACCAACCUCAAAUUAAAUGCCAAAAAAUUCAUAGAUCAGCGUUAUCCUUCAAUAUAAAUUGCAGUUUGUCUAGAUUAACAGCAGAUGGAGUAGAUGGCAUAGCUAAUGGAGAGCCAAUUGAGGAGAUAUUUCAAACAAAGCUCCUAGAAGAAAACAAGAUUCCACUCAGAUCAAACUCGAGUGCAGAUUUAACAGAAAACAAUGUAAUUAAUAAAGAGAAAACAAAUGGACGUUAUUUGGGUAGCAAAUACCCUUUACAAAGUGUCUUUUUCUCAGAGCUUCCAGCAUUUGUGGAUACACCCAGAGGACCUAAUAACAUAGUAACAGCAAAGAAAGAUGAUGGAACACAAAUGCUAUCGGGAAGCAAGAAGAAUCAAUGCACCACAGGCUGGAGCAGUGCAAUGGACUCUGGCUCCCUUCCAGAUACAGCAUCCAGAAAGGCAGUUGCUGUUGCUAGUGAUGUCUCAUUGGGAAAGAGAGAUCCCUCCAAAGGCACCUCCAGAUCCAAAGAGAUCCAAGCACAGGGCAUCCUGAAACCAAAAAUCUCUGUCUCCAGAAGCUUGUGCAAUCUAACAGCUUCAUCAAGAACCCUCCUGGAAGAAAAUGUUCAUAGGGAAAACCAGCUCCUAAAAAGCGAUUAUGAAUUCUGUGGUUCAAGUGACAAACUGAAAGAGCGUGAGGAGGAGGACGAGCGGGAGGGAGCCAGCAGGGUAACACUAUCCACGGCUCACUCGCCAGAUGUUACUCAUGGGAAAAGCAACGCACUCACCCAGCCAGAAACCAGCUCCCAGGCUGAGAAACAUCCACCUACCCCGCGGACACUGCGGGAAGCACUAGAAAUCCACAAGCCUCAGUUCAUCUGUCGUUCACAAGAAAGGCUGAAGAGACUUGAACAAAUGGUCCAGCUGAGGAAAGCCCAGCAGAGCGAAGCUCCUGCAACCAACCAAGUACCACCUCUUCGCAAGUCUGCCUCAACAUCCACUUCGAGCAGAAGAAAGCAAUUCACUGUUCCUCACCCUCUCAGUGAUAACCUCUUCAAACCAAAGGAAAGAUUCAUUCCUGAGAAGGAGAUGCAUAUGAGAUCUAAAAGGAUUUAUGACAAUUUACCUGAAGUGAAAAAGAAACAAGAAGAAAAACAGAAGCGGAUCAUCAUCCAGAGUAAUAAGCUGCGUGUCGAGAACUUUAAAAAGCAAUUACUGGACCAGCUCCUUCAAAGAAACACGGAGUGACAAAGGAUUCUCUUGCCCAUUAUCCUAAUUGGAUCUUGAAUGCCUUUGACUGCCAUAAAAUUCACUGUUAUCUCAAUUACCUGGAGGUGUUGUUCUUAUCUUUGGCUCUUUGUAUGAAGAAAGAACAUUUAUAUUUCAACUGAAAUUUAUAGGCAUCUUUCAAGUAAUCAAAACCAGUCUAAAAGGAGCACAGCUGCUUCAGAGCAUCACCUUUUGGUCAGCUUGCCCAGAGGAAAUCAUUUAAAGAAUUUUAAAUGCAAAUACUGAAUUACAGUGGUAUUAUUUACCUUCAUCUUUUGAAAAAGAUGCAUCUCUGUAGCCAUAGAACUGGUUUUAUAAGAUCUGGACAACUUAUUUCACUGAAGUAUUCUAUUAAUUGAUUUCCUGUGAGUUAAAUCCUUGAAGUAAAGAAAAAUGAAAAUCAUUAUUUGUUAUGUUUAGAAACUAGCUGAAAUAGCAUUCCCACAUAAUCAUAGAAGCAGCAGUUUCACAUUAAUACUUAACAUACCAAAAGGGACCAAUAUUUUAGCUCUCUGGAGAACUCUAUUCCUGUUUAUGUAGUGAAUCUACAUAGCAAGCUUACCUGUUAAAGAGCAAUACUUUAAAACUUGAUUGUAACAGGGUUUUGUGUUUUUCAUUGUAAUAUAUAUUUUACUCCACUUCUAUGAUCACUAAGUAUUUAUAGAAAUGGCAUAUUAAGAAGUGGUGCCAAGAAGUAUGUUUGCAUCAAAACUGCAGAACUAAAACCAUCUGUAAUGUUUCCUCCAAAAAUAUUUAAAUCUUUAUUUGUACAUUUUGGAAGUAAAACCAACCAGCUUACAAACCAAUGGAGUUUAUUUAUGGAAUAAAAUAUGAAUACAA